CACUUCCUCCUCAUUCACUUACUGUACUGUACAUCUUCACUUGUACUGCUCGCAACAGCCAGUCCUCUAGACGAGAUGAGGGAACCGGCUUAGAAAACGUGCCGGUUUGGUGGUAAAAGAAACUUCUCUCAUGGUCGACAUCUUGCAAGGCGUUCGUGGAUUAAAUUAGCUUUGAACCGGGUUUUUAUCAUGGGCUGUGUUGGCACCAAGCCAGACCAGGAUUCAGGUGGCAAAACAGUGGGCAACAACGACAUGGGAAACCGCAAUCAGACAGCGCACUAUGUCAAAGACCCUACAACUGGGAGCAAGGCUAACAAAAGCUGCCCUAUUCCUCCUUCCUCAAGCACAGACGAUGUUGAGAACAUUGCCAUAGCGCUCUUUGACUAUGAUGCAUUGCACGAUGGAGACCUGGGCUUUAAAAAAGGAGACAAGUUGAAAAUCUUACAAGAGUCAGGUGAAUGGUGGAAAGCAAUGUCUCUGAGUAGUGGUCAGGAGGGCUACAUCCCCAGUAACUAUGUAGCUAAAGACACACUUCAAACUGAAGACUGGUUCUUCAAAGCAGUGAGCAGGAAAGAUGCAGAGAGACAGCUCCUGGUCUCUGGGAAUAAAGUGGGCUCUUUCAUGAUCAGAGACAGUGAGACCACCAAAGGAAGCUACUCAUUAUCAGUAAGGGACCAUGACCCUCAAACAGGUGACACGGUGAAACAUUACAAGAUCCGUACGCUAGACAGCGGUGGCUUCUACAUUUCACCUCGAAUCACGUUCAACACCCUGCAAGACCUCGUCAACCAUUACAAGAAGCAGGGAGAUGGACUGUGUCAGACUCUCACUAACGCCUGCAUCAGUGCCAAACCCCAGAAGCCAUGGGAAAAGGAUGCCUGGGAAAUCCCACGUGAAUCCCUCAAGCUGGACAAAAGACUGGGAGCUGGACAAUUUGGAGAAGUUUGGAUGGCCACAUACAACAAGCACACCAAGGUGGCUGUGAAGACUAUGAAGCCGGGUAGCAUGUCUGUGGAGGCGUUCCUGAUGGAAGCAAACCUCAUGAAGACCCUUCAACACGACAAGCUGGUCCGUCUCAAUGCUGUAGUUACCAAGGAAGAGCCCAUCUACAUCAUCACAGAAUUCAUGGAGAAAGGCAGUUUAUUGGACUUCCUCAAGAGUGACGAAGGAAAUCGUCUCCAGUUGCCCAAACUGAUAGACUUCUCUGCACAGACAGCAGAAGGCAUGGCCUACAUCGAACGAAGGAAUUACAUUCACAGAGACUUACGGGCUGCCAAUAUCCUGGUUAAUAAGAGUCUGGUGUGCAAAAUUGCUGACUUUGGUCUGGCACGUAUCAUAGAGGACAACGAAUAUACUGCCAGAGAAGGUGCCAAAUUCCCCAUUAAGUGGACUGCGCCGGAGGCUAUUAACUAUGGCUCCUUCACCAUCAAAUCAGACGUGUGGUCCUUUGGUAUUCUGCUCACUGAGAUUAUCAGUUACGGCCGAACACCAUACCCAGGCAUGACGAACCCAGAGGUGAUCCGUUCUCUGGAGAGAGGAUAUCGCAUGCAGCGCUUGGACUCGUGUCCUCAGGAGCUGUAUGACAUUAUGCUAGAGUGCUGGAAGAACAAGCCAGAAGACAGACCAACAUUUGAGUACCUUCAGAGCGUGCUGGAGGACUUCUACACGGCCACAGAGAGCCAGUACCAACAACAGCCCUGAGAUACACACACACACACACAUAUCCUUAGGCUAGUCAUAAAUAGCAAGCGCACGUGCAUUAAUAUCCAAUGCAAAUGUGCAGUGUGAGUGAAUGACAGUGAAUUAAAAAAGAAUGCAAUCUUAAUUUAAUCAUGCAAAAGCCUUUUACCUUAUGUUGAGUGUAGCAUAUGAUUGCACAAAAUUGUACAAAGUCAUAAUUUAUGUAUGAGAAUAUAGAGGUUUAUUAUCGUUUGCCAUAUUUUUUUAGCUGUUUUAACUGGUUCUCAUUUCUUUAACAGUUUUAACAGUGUGAAUUUCAGAAAGUUUAUUUCCAUGCUUUGACAUGCUUAGUGGAACAGAUUCAUUAAAAGAUCAUGAAAUAUUAUGAUAAUUUGAAUGAGUUCAAGUAAUGCGGUUCAGUAUGUCUUGGUUUGCUUUCAAACAAAUGACAGUCUAACCCCACCCCUAAGCAAAAUCUUAAUCUUCAUGACUUUUCAUAUGAAUUGCGUUGUGUUAAUUAUGAAUUUGCAGUUUGGAUUGUUGGAAAGGUUUGCACAAAAUAGUUCAAAACUGCAACCUAUAUUAGGUUGAAACCACCUGAAAUGAGCUUGUUUGGUGUGUCACUCUUCAGCAUAAUGUUAUUGCUAAACUUCUUUUAUAUGAAACUCAUCAUAUAACAUUAUCAUUGAAUCAUGAUGAUAAUCUUUUUGCCAUAAUGUACAUUCAAUAACUGUCCUGUUUUAAUGUAUGCCUGUGAAUUCAUACUUGUGUUACUUCUGUUAGUGUAGUCACAGCUCUCAUUUACCAUUUCUAUUUCAUUUAAAAGUUUUUUUUUUUUAACAUGAAGUGACUUUCUCUAAACAUCUGUGCAAUAAUACCAAAUUGUGAUAUUAAUCUUUCUAAAAUUCAUUUAAACAUAUAAACCUGAUAUAUUGCCUAAAUGUCUGUUGUACUGUAUAUUUGUAACAGUUUUUGGUUAAUUCUGCUAAUAAAGUGCUUCACAGAGAUUAAAUUAAGUAAAGGAUAAUUUAACUUUGAAUCAAAACGAUAACAUAAAUAUUGAGGAAUUAUUCAAAACAGUCAGAAUGAUAUUGCUUUAGAGUUUGUAUGUGUUUAUACCUUUUUCUACAUGCUUAUUAAAUUAAUGGAUAUUGAA